AUGGCACAUGCCCGGCUUUCUCUCCCCCGUAAUUUUCACCGCGUUUCCCUCGCUUGCUAUUAUCCCCCUUCGUCCCGCCCCACCGUCGCGACACGAACCUUUGCGUCCAGGCGAGCCGCCGCCAUCUCGACUCCCUCGGGCCUAGAUUCGGACCACCACCUGACGGCGGCUAGGGAAUGGGUCGCUAGGCUCAAUUCAAAGGCUAUCACCAUCCCGCGUGACAUCUGCGAGAUUUCCUUUAGUCGUUCUAGUGGCCCUGGAGGUCAAAACGUGAACAAGGUGAACUCGAAAGCCACAUUACGAGUCCCCCUCAAAUCGUUACUGCCUUUCGUCCCCCAACUUCUACAUGCCCCGCUGCAAGCGUCUCGAUACGUCGCGGCGAAAUCCCAGUUUCUGGUCAUUCAAUCGGAUGAGUCGCGCAGACAGACCGCCAAUGUGGAGGCUUGCUACGAUAAGCUCCACCAGCUCCUCAAGAGCAUAGCAGAGGACACGAUUCCCGGAGAGACUUCGCAAGAACAACGUGACAAGGUACAAAAACUAAAGAAAGCUGCAAACGAAGCCCGCAUCAAGUCGAAGAAAAUGCACAGCAGCAAAAAGAGCAGCCGCCGGGGUAGUUAUGACGACUAA